AUGGGCGUGAGCACCACUGACCUGUCCGCGCCAUCCCACUCCGUCAAUCUGCCCGGCUGCAUGGCCUCCUCCUCGUCCCCUUCCUCCGUUGUUGCCCCGUGGCCGCGUUCAGGCAAGCACCGCGGCGCGGCCGCCGUGGUCCGCCGCGCCCAGCUCGUCCUAUCGCGCGACGUCGGGUGGUGCGGGCAACGCGCGUGGCGGAAGCUGCUCAGGCGGCUGGCGCAGGAGACCAAGUGCAUCUGCAGCUCCCCGACGGCGGCCACGGGCAGGCCCAUCACGUUCGGCUACGACGCCGCCAGCUACGCCAAGAACUUCGACGACGGGCGCAGCCCCGCGCGCGCCGCCCCCGUCGUCGUCGCCGCCGCCAAUGCGGCGGAUAAGCCGAGCGGCAAUUGA